GUGAAAGUAAAGUAAGAGUAGGUAGUUUUCUUGUAUUAACUGACAUAAGUUGUUCAAAUUGCACAGGUUGGUAGAAUAACUAUUCUAUACAAAAGUACUGUUCGACAUAGUCUCCAUACAAGCAAUACAGCUACACCAUUGUUAAAAAAUUCAGAUCUGCUCUGUUGUACCCACUCCUUUACACAUUCACUUCGUUACUGACAUCAAAUCAUUCUCAGUCUUUCAUUGGACUGAACACUUGCAGGACAACAGCACCAGGUUAUAUGUUGAAUGGUGUUCCACUGAUCAGCCCAAUUUAUCAAUUACCUGAUAUUUGCCAAAGACAUGUUUGAUCUUGCAUUGUGAGGUGAGUGUGGAUUGUUUUCAGAUUCUUGUUUGGUCUCUUCCUUCUAAUGGUUCUUCUAAGCUUUCUGAAAGUCUCAAGCCACUUUCCAGAAAAUUAAGGAGAUUGCUGUCCUUGUCAUCCCUCAAGCAGUGACCAAAACUUUCUGUCUGCACUGAUCACUGGCUCUGGAACUUCUUAGGCCUUAGAGAAAGGGUGUGACUAUUUCAUGGACUGAGCCUCCACUUCUGAAUCAAAAAGACCAUGUUUCAUUCCUUGUUAUGAGAUCAGGCAAAGAAAAAAAAAAGUCUUCAUUAGGUUUAAAUACUUCUAGCAAAUCAGAUCAAACUUCACCCUUCUUUCCUUCAAAUCAGGCACCUACUUUUUGAUCUCUUGUCUUUCACCAGCUUCUUUAAUGCAUUGUGACCACAGAGUUCAGUUGUGCCGAAAGCACACAGAUAAAAACUCAUCUGUGCAAAUCAAUUUGUUCACUCUCUGUGAUUUGUGCCAGUGGUUGCAGUCAAUGGUCUUCCACUGUGUAGUUUGUUUUCAAGGCUAGUUUCUUCUUCUUUAAGUGUCUUCAUCAGUCUGUGCACACUGCUCUUGUUAAUAAUAAUGUUAUUUCAGCAAACAGCCUCUACCCCUCUGUUAGAAGUCUGCAUUCCUCUUUCAUCAAGAAUUCAAUAAUGGAUGUUGCUUCUGCUUGGAACCCAUUACUCGCCUGCAAUGAAAAAUAUAAACAAGAGCCACCAUAGCAGAAGUUUUAUUCUACUAAGAUGUUCAAUUUGAAUUGGCCUGUGUCAGUUGAUGAAAAAACGUUACUCCAACUUUUGUAUUACUUUUGGCGAAGUUAGAAGCUGGUCCAUUCUUGACACCAUCAAUGAAUUAAGCUGUGGGUAGUCACCACCUCUCAUGGCAGUUGUUUUUGGCAGAUCUUCAAAUAUUAUCUGAUAUGAUGUUAAUUAGGAUAAGUUUAUUCAUUCAGAUUUCUUUAGAUCACAAUGGUGAUGAUGGUAAGAACACUUUUAUCUACCCAGGUACCUUUAUUUGAACUCUCUGCUAGUUUCUGUAAGAAAAUAGAAAAGGCAUAUAAACCAUCAGAACUUGUAGAUCAAAGAUGAUGCUGUGUUAAUAGCUGCUCACUGUAAAACCAGUUAUGUGGUGGAAUCUUGUUUGUGACCAAAGUUAUACUAUCACUCUAAUCAAUACCUUAACCAUGGUAGGAUUACUUUUUGGCAGUCUUCUCACUGGUCCACUCUCAGACUAUUUUGGCCGGAAAAAAAUUCUCUACGGCUCUUACUUCUUAUUAUUAAUAUUUCAAAUUGCUAGUGGAUUAACUGUGUCUUGGCAAGUUUACUGUGGAUGCAGAGUCCUCAUUGGUGCCUUCAUCACUUGUGUAAUGAUCAGCAAUUAUAUUUUACCUAUGGAAUUUAUUGUUCCAAAAUGGCGAACUGUUGUUGGUUGUGUUGGAUUCUGGGCAAUAGGAAUAUGUCUGACCUCUCUCUGGGCAUAUUUAAUUCGGGACUGGCGUAUUUUAACGAUUUCAUCUGCAUGUUUUGGUUUUCCAUUUCUAUUAACAUGGUGGUUUGUAGCCGAAAGCCCUCGUUGGCUUCUAACUAAAGGAAAACAUGAAGAAAUGAGAAAAAUCAUAACAGAUAUGGCACAAGUUAAUAAAAGACCUAUCCCAGACUUUGCUAAACUUGAAUUAUUUAUUCAGGAAGAUGGUAACAAUGAACAUGUCACGAAUACAAUGAAUGGGAAGAAAGGACAAACAACAUAUUCUUACUGGCAUCUUUUUAACAGUAUUCAAAAUUGUAAAUUCACUUUAAUUCUAAUGUUUGGAUGGUUUGUGUGCUGUAGUGUGUACUAUGGAUUACUCUUCAACACCAAAAGUCUUCAUGGAGAUCGAUACAUCAACCUUUUCCUAUCAGGGAUUGUUGAGCUGCCAGCUCUCUUAUUCGUCAUUCUUGUUAAUAACAAGUUUGGUCGUAAGAGGACAAUUUUUCUUUUAGUAUCAAGCACUGGUGUGUUAUCCACUUCGGUCCUGAUUUUCCACAUAUUUGAAACUGCUAGCAAUUACGAGACAGUAAUAACAGUUAUUAUCACAUUAGCUAAAUCUACAGGAACAGGUGCAUGGGCUGCUUUACAAGUUUUAACAGCUGAGAUGUUUCCUACAGUUGUCAGGUCUCUCGGCAUUGCUGCUUGCUCGACAAUGGCCCGUAUUGGUGCUAUUAUUGCCAUGUUGAUACUUACAUUGGACGAAUUAGGAAAAUUAAUACCAUUUAUCAUUUUUGGAAUUGAAUGUAUACUAUUUUCUGUUGUACUUCUGUUCCUGCCAGAAACAUCUGGAUUGCCAUUAAAAGACAUCUUAAAUAAAUAAAGCUCCAAAAUAUGCAUUUAAAA